GGUUUUCUUCCACAUUUUAGACCUACCAAACCGGAAGUCUUUUGCAAACUGAACAAGCAUCCUCAUUUAUUUAGCAAAAACAUGCAUCAAACUACGAUGUUUUACUCUAAAGUGUUUCCAAAAAUGUUACGCCCUCUGUAUAGCUUACACAGAAACAGUUGUCGUCGCAGUUUGUGCCAGAAUGUCUCCAAAAAACCCAUGCCCAUUGUGGGCUGGUGUAUGUCCACCAAAAAUAUACAGGGUGCUGCACAAAAUGUAAAAUCUUCGAAAUGCAAGGGGACUUCUCUUGGUUCAUAUACAAGGCUAUCGCCGCCAUUACCUGCAACUAAAAGUAGUUGCAUAUAUGUGCCAGCAUCUAACAGGUCAUUUCAAAUGUGUUCACCACUGAACAACCUGUCAAGACCACAAUCGCACAUCUUGGAGGCAAAUUUCAAAAGAACUAUUUUCACAUCAGCAUGUCAUGGAUGUCAGGAGAACGCAGACAGUGGCCCACCACUAAAAGCAGCCCUAGGACAAAUGCAGGGACAGAAAAUGAUGAUGAUUUUCACUUGCAAAGUCUGCAAUGAACGGUCUCAUAAGCUUUUCUCAAAGACGUCUUAUCAGAAAGGAGUUGUGAUUGUGAAAUGUCCCGGGUGUCAGAACAAUCAUUUGGUUGCUGAUAACUUGGGAUGGUUCAAGGACAUCAAUAAAAAAAACAUUGAAGAAAUUCUGGCUGACAAGGGGGAGGUUGUGCGUCGCUUGGGAUUGAUGUCGGAGGAUGGAGAUCUGGAACUUAAUCUGGAGGAGAUGGUUGGCAAAGAUGACGCAGAGAGGAUAAUGGAAGUUUCAAAAGACAUGAAGAAAUCCUCAGAUUCUUGAGCUUUAAGAGUGAAUUCUACUUUUCAUGUGUUUGGACUUGAUGCAAAUUAAAUGUGAACCGAGUAUAACAAGGGAUACCAUCUUUGGACAGAGUUAUCUGUGGAAACUAUUGACUUUGGUGUGAAACUUGGACUGGAUUUGAUGUUCAAACCAUAUGCUACAGUGACUUCUUUUUAGUACAGAUUGUUUAUUGAAGUAAAACGACCUUGGCAAUCAAAAGUUUCAGAAAGGGACUUCACGGACAACAUGACCACACGAGACAGGCCAGGAGACUUUAAUCAUCUGUUUCUGCUGCCUCAAUGUUGUUUUGAAAAUGUUACCGAUCUCAUUACUGCAUUUAAUACAAGUUUCAUUUUGAAAUGUAAUUUUAGUGUUUUAUUAUGGUAUUGCCAUUUCAUAAGCAAGAGGAAAAACAACAACUCUGUAUUGGUUUUCAACCUGGUGAAUUACAAAACAAUACCUGUUUAUUCAUUAAGAUAAAAUUAGAAAACAUUCAUUAUAACAAAGUAGCUUACGAUCUUUCUUAAUCAAAACAAACAAUUUCACAAACUUGGUGAACGAUCUGAACUAACUUAAACAAACAAAAUAACAGUUGCAAUCACAUGCUCACUGAAGCAAAUGAGACCUACUUGACUCAUAAUGGCUUUCUGCAACCUCAGUAGAAUUAACUUUCUCAUUCGUUUCUCAUCAGCUUGAAAAACAAUACUUUUGACAGGAGCAGAGCCCAAGUAUAAACCUUAAGUUGUCCUUCAACAAGUUGAAGGUAUUGCACAAUAAUUGUAUCAUACUU